CUUCAAAACCAAAUUCACAUUUUCAACCUAGCUUUCAUCAGGCAAAUACUUCUCUCCCUAGACAAAAAAGCAAGAGGAUAGGGGGAAAAUAUGCCUUCUCUCUCUAACAUUGUACUAAUUCUUUUGCUUCUCCUCAGCCUUUCAUCGAACACCUUUUCCCAAAACGCCGGAAUUGAACAAUGUAGCUCGAAUCUCCUACCUUUGGCCCCGUGCGCGCCUUUUGUGCAAGGUGCUGCGCCUUUGCCGGCCCAGUCGUGUUGUGACAACCUUAGACAACUCUAUAUUCAGCAACCUAGUUGCCUUUGUCUGUUUCUCAAUGAGACAACUUUGAGUUCUUUUCCUAUUAAUACCACACUUGCUCUCCAGUUACCCCUUAUAUGCAACCUUCAAAUAAGCAUUUCUACUUGCACAGGCACACCCUUGCCUUCAACUCCACCUAUCUCAGGGCCAAAAACAAAUUCAACUGUUGCAGGUUUGCAUCUUCUCUUCUCAUCAUUCUAUUAUGCGGCAAUUUAUGCUCAAAGAAACACGUACAAAUCGUUUGCUUCUCCAAUGGUGACAGUGGCGCCUAGGUCGAGCAUCAUGGGAUUUGGACUUAACCACAGUGUAGGAGUGAAGUUGAAUCCACAAAGUCAAGUUGUGAUGAUGCUGCUAAUAGCAAUUUUAUCUAUGUUUACAAGCAUACUAUGUUGAACCCACAAACAAUAAGAUUCUAUUAUUUCUAUUGUAGAUCAGUAUUUGUAUGUCUUUAACUUAUGCAGUAUAAUUUACUUUUUCGAAAAGAUAUAAUUAGUUGCAUAAUUUAAUUAACUAAUUAGGUAUAUCACUCGACUUCUAUCGUCACCUUAUUAUAAAGUUGUGGUUCGUUGAGAAAGAGA